AUGGAGAAAUCGACACAGCAGUAUGAUACCAUUCAAGGACCCUACGAUUACAUCCGUACAACAUCGAUUGCCUUCAUCGAGCGCGAGAAUGUGCAUGAAACUGUAGCGCCUUUUAUCGAAAAAGCUCGAAUUCUCGAGCUCGCAUGCGGAUCAGGCUUCUACACCUACAGUUUCCUGGCAUGGGGAGCAAGCUCUGUCCUUGGGGUAGACAUUUCCUCCGUCAUGAUAGACGAAGCGCGGCGCGUAGGGAAAGAGGUAUCAUUUAUCCAAGCCGACUGUUCGAUCCCGCAAGCCUACGAUGGCGGGCCGUUUGACCUCGUCUUCGGCGCCUGGCUCCUCAACUACGCCCCCGAUCGCGCGGGUCUGGUCAACAUGUUUCGCAACAUCGCCAUGAAUCUCAAGGACGGGGGGCGUUUUGUUUCAGUCACGGUUCCGCCUUCGUCGAACCCGAUAGAUUCGCUCAAUGCGGAGGCAAACGCUCGUCCCCCGCCCGCGGGGACUGGAUAUCUGACCUACCACUAUAUCAGGGACGUCGAGGAUGGGGUUUAUUUCCGCUUACAUGCUGAUACGCCUGUUGGAGAGCUGAACUUUGAAUGCUACCAUCUGAAGAAGGAAUUGUAUGAGGAGGCGGCGAGAGAGGCGGGGUUGAAGGGCAAACUGGAGUGGGGUGUUACGAAAGUACCAGAGAGGUACUUGAAGGGGGAAGGGCCGGGGGGUGCGGGUUUGGCUGAGCUGGAGACUUACAAGACUAUCCCCAAUUAUGGAGUGCUAGUUAUUGUGAAGUAG